AUGCCUUACCGAUUUGAGAUUGCCGCUCAAGGCCGUGCUGGCUGCAAAGCCCCCGACUGUGUCAAAGAGAAGAUCAAGAUCACCAAGGGUGAAUUCCGCGUUGGCACCUGGAUUGAUGGCGCGGGCUUCCAGAGCUGGUCCUGGCGCCACUGGGGUUGCUUUACCCCCAAGCAAAUUGUGAACGUCAAGAAGGACCUCGCUGAGGACUCCGAGGAGAAUCCUGAUUUCUCUCGAAUUGACGGCUUUGAUGAGAUUGGCGAAGAACUCCAGGACAAGAUUCGUAAGGCCAUCGAAGUCGGUCACGUCGAAGAUGACGAAUGGAGAGGUGAUCUCGAAUGCAACCGCCCUGGACAUGUCGGCAUGCGUGUCAAGGCUAGCAAGGCCAAGGCUAAUGAGGCCAAGGAAUCUGAUCAGUCCUCUCCUGGCAAGAAGCAUGGUCUAACCGAUUCCGAGAAUGCGGACGAGGAGCCUGCCAAGAAGAAGCAGACCCGUGGCAAGAAAGCUGCCGAUGAUGAUGAUGCCAUUGCUGAUGCCGCCGUCGUCGAGACUGAGCCCAAGGAGGCCAAGAAGCGUGGCCGGCCCCCGAAGAAGACUGCCGCGGACAAAGACAAAGCUGAUGUCAAUGUCGAACCCAAGAAGCGUGGCCGUCCUGCAAAGAAGACUUCGGACGAAGACAGUCCCGACGCUGAGAUUGAGGCCAAGGUCGCGGCCAAAACGCGUGGCGGUCGCGGCAAGAAAGUUUCUGAAGACGAAGGUGCUGAUGCAAACACUGAGAUGACUACCGAGCCCACUGAGCCCGCUGAGCCGACCCGCCCCAAGAAACGUGCUACUCGUGGCAACAAGAUCACCAAGGAUGAAACUGCCUCUGACGACAUUGAGCCCAAGGAGGAGCUCAAGAAGCGUACUACUCGUGGCAAGAAAAUCACUACCUCCGAGGCUAUCGUUGCGGACAUGGAGUCCGACCAACUUCAACCUGCCGAUGAGGUUAAGCCAACCAAGAAGGCGGCUGUGACCCGUGCAACUCGUGCAAAGAAGGAUGCCAACAAAGAUGUUUCCCCCGUCGAGAAGGAUGUCUCCUCUGCCGACAACGAGACUGGCCCUGUCAACUGCGAUAUCAAAAAGUCUACCACUCGUGCCAAGGCUGCCAAUGGCGCAAAGACUACGAAUGGCUCGAAAGCUACCAAUGGAGCCAAGGCCAGUGGAUCGGAUGCUUCCAAGGAUGAGCAGGCUGACGAAUCGACCGAGAAGCCCAAGCGCACCCGCGGUACCAACAAGAAGACCAACGGCAACAAUGCUACCUCUGAGAACAACCUCCAGCCAACUCGCAGCCGCAAGGCCCCUGUCGACAAGGCUACGCAGGCACCCACCGAAGAGGUUGCUGAACCCCUGAACUCUACCAAGGAGAAGCUCAAGACUAGAGCUCGCAAGCCAGCUGCCGUGAAGAUCACCGAUGAGUCCGCUGACCAGGCUGCCCAGGAGCCUGUCGAGGCCCCCAUUCAGAAAUCUGUUGAGGGCGCUACCAUCAAGUCCGAGGACGGUCCCAAGAAUGAGAACGCUCCCGCUGAAGUCCAAGAUGAGCCCAGCGUCGAGGCUGCUGAGAAGCCCGUUGAGGACGCUAACGAGAAGCCCCUCGAGUCUCCUCUGAAGCCAGUCAAGGCUGAGGACACUGCGAUGACCUCUAAGCUUGCCUACCCUUCGUGCUAG